AUGACAGCAGAGGUGAGUGUCAACCUACUUCCAGGGUCGAGGGUGCAUAGACGCCAGCUCAGGAUCCUCCCGGCGAUUCUCUCCACGAGGAAGUCAAGCGUGCUGGCUGGCAGCUUCCGGUCAGAGAGUGGGAGCCCAAGCUAUCUUCCUCAUGCCACCUCCCUUAGCUUCAACUACAACUUCUCUGAUCCUGCCGUCCUCGCCGGCGCCGAUCUCAAGUACAUGAACGACUCUGUCCGUGCUUUCAACCGGAUCGACCUGACCAACCAGUCGAGGAGGUGGAGCACAGGCCGCGUAGCACACGGGCAGGCGGUGCGCCUCUGGGACGAUAGCACCGGCGAGAUCGCCAGCUUCACCAGCAACUUUGUCUUUGCCAUUAAACCUGCCAAUAGUACUUACCCCGAGUGCGUAUAUACUUGGAAAUUGAGAUAUAUAAAUUUGAGCGAUUUUUUUCCAACAGAUGUUGUACGCGUCUGUCGUUUCCUUAACAACACCUUUGCGAUACAGAGAGCUGAUGGUAUGGCGUUCUUCGUUGGGCCUUACCCGCCGACCAUGCCCACAGGCGCGUUCGCCGGCCACCUCGGGCUGUUCAACGACCGUGACAACCCCUUCUUCCCGCCGACUGUCGGUGUGGAGUUCGACACGUUCAGGAACCCCGAGUGGGACCCCAGUAAUACCACCUGCCACAUCGGGGUGAACGUCAACAGCAUCACGUCGACUCAGUACACGGCGCUGCCGGACCAGAGCUUGAACGGAAUCAUGGCGGCGUCGGUCAGGUACGACGCAAAGGCGGCAACGCUCUCGGCCACCCUGCGGUUCAUCGACCAGCCAGGACAGAGUACAUACACUGUCAGCGCCAACGUCAACCUGCGGGGCGCCGGUCUGCAGCAGGACGUGGCGGUUGGGUUCUCGGCGGCCAUCGGGGAUUACAUCCAGCAGCAUCAGAUUCUUUCCUGGUCAUUCGAGUCCACCAUAGCCGGACCGAGGAGAUCAUCAAGACAUGCCAUUGUCCUUGCAGCCACUCUCUCAGUCGGAACACUGCUCGUGCUACUCUUCGUGCUCGUCUGUGCUUACACGCAGAGGAGAAGGAUAAGGGCGAACAAGACACCACGAGAUGCUGCUAGAGAAGAGAGUCCGGAGCAAUUUACUCUGGCAUUGCUAAAGGCUGCGACGGGCAACUUCGCCGUGGAAAACAAGCUGGGAGAGGGAGGUUUUGGGCAGGUUUUCAAGGGCAUACUGCCGAAUGGGCAAGUGAUAGCAGUGAAAAGGCUCUCCCAGAGUUCGGCGCAGGGAUUCCACGAGCUGAAGAACGAGCUGUUGCUGGCCGCCAAGCUUCUGCACAGGAACAUCGUGAGACUCCAUGGGGUCUGCUUGGAGGAGCGAGAGAAGCUCGUGGUGUACGAGUAUCUGCCAAACAGGAGCCUAGACACCAUCCUUUUUGAUAACAGGAGGCCGCGACGGUAUGGCCUGGACUGGGAGAAAAGGUACACGAUCAUAUGUGGGAUCGCUCGUGGCUUGAUGUAUCUCCACGAGGAUUCUAAUCUGAGGGUCAUCCACCGAGACCUCAAGCCCAACAAUGUCCUGCUGGACGAGAACAUGCACCCCAAGAUCUCAGAUUUCGGUCUGGCUCGAGCGUUUAUGGGAGACCAAUCCAAAGAUGUCACCAAACGAGCAGCUGGUACCCUUGGGUAUAUGUCGCCGGAAUACGCCUACAAUGGGCACGUCUCCACCAAGUCGGACAUGUACAGCUUUGGAGUCAUCGUGCUAGAGAUCGUCACGGGUCGGAGGAACAGCAGCCCAUGCCAAGACGCUAACACCAACAACUUGUUAAGUGAUGUGUGGGAGAAGUGGAGGGCCGGGAAAGCAGCGGAGAUAGCGGACGUGUCGCUGGGCGACCACUACCCUCGCUCCGAGAUGCUCAACUGCGUGCACAUUGGGCUCCUCAGCGUCCAGAAGAAACCGGAGAUGAGGCCCAAAGCGUCGGAGGUCAUGCUGAUGUUGAGCACCCAGUCCAUGUCACGUCCGACGCCCUCCAGGCCGGCGUUUUACUCCGGGCACUCCACCAGCGGUGCCGUCUCAUGUGUUAGUAGCGGAAACGUCUCCAAGAAUGGUGUGACCAUGUCUGAGCUUGAACCGAGGUAGCUGGAUUCGCAAAAAGCACUAGUGGAAAACAGGCCUUUUGAUCCGGGUGGUUAGGGCCUUUUGUCGCGGGCGGCCAGCCGCGACAAGCAAGGCGCGAUAAAAGGGUGGCCUUUUAUCCCGGGUCACUUACGACCCGCGACAUAAGGUCCACCACGUGGCAGCCGCGGGGCGCGCAGGGCACAGGCCCUUUUGUCGCGGGCGGUAUUACCACCCGCGACAAAAGGCCCUCUACGUGGCGCGCGCACAACGCUUCUGCUUUAGGGUUUGAGGGGUGCAGCACCCCUCCCCCCCGCCACCGACCGCCUGUUAUUUCAUUUUUUUCGUCCGAAAAUAAAAGUUGCAUAUAUUUGUACGCUACUAGAAGUUGUACACAUUCAUUCAUUAUAUAUAUAUAUAGAUCGAUCAAACAAAUAUUGGAAGCAGAAGUCGAUUCCCCUUACACAUAUUCGUAGGUUCCCUACAUAUAUACAUGGAGCUCACGAUCGACAAACGGUACUAACGACCGUCUAUUUGGAGGUAGAACAACUAUCUGGACUAAACAAGCCUUUGUUGUUUAUUACUUCUCUAACCAAAAGUCCCGCCAGUUCCUCCGCGAUUCCUAGUGCGUGUUCCUUUGGUUGGAGUCUGUCCCGCAUGAAGUCGACCUAUAUACGAAAAUG